AUGGCUGCAGUCGUUUCAGACAAUGAUAACACUCUGGAUGGAACGAACGGUGAGGAGGAUCCAUCAGAGCGAGAAGUGGCCGCAGAAACCAAUCGCAGAAACGAGAUGUCCUCCUCCAUCGCAACUCUGAGGGCGAACCCCAAGUACAGCGACUUCCUGAUUCUUUGCGGUGGUCAUAUCUUUCCAGCCCAUAAGGCAAUCAUCUGCUCACAGUCCGACUUUUUCGCCAAAGUGUUUGACUCGCAUUUCUCCGUUGGUUACCGAGUUGCUUCCUCGUCUCUAACAAGCAAGCCUUCUGACCACGAUAUUGCAGGAAGCCUGCACGGGGCGAAUCAGGCUCCCUGA